AUGACAGAUUCAGAUCCGGAAUUGCUACCUGCCCCAGUCUCAAGCAGUUUAAAUGCAUCCACUGAUUCCUUGAAUGAUUUGCCGACUGUUACCGACAGAAGUUUGAGAAGAUGUGCAAGCGAGUCUUCGCUGGAGCGCGAGUUGGCGUCGUUGCACCGCGAGAUGGAAACUAUCCGUCUGGAAUGUGAUAAACUCAUUCUGAAACAUAGUGACAACGAACGCAGUUCAGUUGCCCUGGCAUGUUUUUUUUUUUUCAAAAGCACGCUAAUUUGUGGAGGAAGUUUUGACAGUGCGAAUAUUUUUAUUAAUGUGGCACAAACAACACUAAAUGAUCAGAAAUGUGAACUGAGUGACGAAGUGAGUGAUGCGAAAUGUCGACUGGAAGAUACAUCAAGUGCGUACAACACCGGAGAAUCGUGCCGCAGCACACCGUUGAAGUCGGACUUUCAAAUCAAAAAGAACAAUCGCUGCAUGAAACGUUAUCCGGCGGUAUUAGAGGGUCCGAUUGGUCAUAUAACUCGCUGUAUAGAUUCUCAGAAGCCGACUACAUCACAAAUUCCAAAAUUGGGCAAGUUAUUUGGACGUAAAAAAAACUAUACAAGUCACGAAUCAUUCGCAGUAUUGUGUGAUACGUGCAUGAAAAUGAUCAUGCCUGCGAAGAAUGAUGCCUAUAACGAAGACUUAAAGUAG